CCGCCGCCACCGCGGUGCUAUACUGGCUGCAGUUCGCCGAGUCACCGCCUGGCACAGUCAUCCGUCAGUGUAGCUGCUUGUCGCGAGUCGGCCGGGUGUCUGGUGUGGUCGCUUCCGCCAAAAUCCGCGAUAGCACGCGUUCGCGACUGUACUGGUGGCUACUGUAUGUAUGUACGCGUGUGUGUGUGUGUGUGUGAGUGAGCGCGAGUAAAGUAUACGAUCGGGAGCAUCGCGUACGCGUGAGAGGGUUGUGCGUGUAAGCGCUCGGUCACCGAUGUAUAUAAUAGAAGCAAAUACAAUAAUGAUACCAGUAGUAGUAGUAAUAAUAUAGUAGUAGUAGUAGUAGUAGUAAAAUUACUAAAAUUACACCGAGGAAGUGAGCGUCACGGCGUGAACGGUCGUGAUUUUCGAUUACACGCGUAAAACUAAAAAGGAAAUAUAAUACAAAAAUUGAAUAAUUAAAAAAAAAAUACAUAUAUUUAUAUAAGAAAAAAACCUAUGUAAAUCUAGUAGGCUUGAUUCGCCGUCGACACGGCAUCGCAGUACCGUCGUCGAACUUAAUAUUAUAUAAUUUCGCUGUCGUCUUGAUCCCGAUCGUUCGGGGGGAGACGACGACGACACGUUUCGGUGCCGACGAUCAAAGACCACUACGACAGUACAAUAGUGGCGACUGCGGCGGCGUGUACAGCGACGCGUGAGUAUGCUAUUUAUACGAGAACAACUGGACCGGCGGCGCCGCCGGUGAUACUGUCAUUCCACCGUACAGCAUGGCCUCGGUCGCCGCUUGGCUGCCGUUCGCCCGGGCGGCGGCCAUCGGUUGGGUGCCGAUCGCCACGCACCCAUUGCCGCCGCCGCCGGUGCCCAAAGACCGGCGGAGAAUAGACGACGAGAAACUACUGAUCAACGUCUCGGGGCGCCGGUUCGAGACAUGGCGGAACACGGUGGAAAAGUACCCGGACACGUUGCUCGGGUCCAACGAACGGGAGUUCUUUUACGACGAAGACUGCAAGGAGUACUUCUUCGACCGGGACCCGGACAUAUUCCGUCACAUACUCAACUAUUACCGUACCGGCAAGCUGCACUACCCGAAGCACGAGUGCCUGACCAGCUAUGACGAGGAGCUGGCGUUCUUCGGCAUAUUGCCAGACGUCAUCGGCGACUGCUGCUACGAGGACUACCGGGACCGGAAGCGUGAGAACGCCGAGCGGCUGAUGGACGACAAGCUGUCGGAGAAUGGCGACCAGAACCUGCCACAGCUCACCAACAUCCGGCAGAAGAUGUGGCGGGCAUUCGGCAACCCACACACGUCCACCGCGGCGCUCGUCUUCUACUACGUCACCGGUUUCUUUAUCGCCGUGUCCGUCAUGGCCAACGUGGUGGAGACGGUGCCGUGCGGCCACCGGCCGGGUCGAGUGGGCACACUGCCGUGCGGCGAACGCUACAAGAUCGUGUUCUUCUGCCUGGACACGGCCUGCGUGAUGAUAUUCACCACCGAGUAUCUGUUGCGGUUGUUCGCCGCCCCGGACCGGUGUAAGUUCAUGCGCAGCGUCAUGAGCAUCAUCGACGUGGUGGCCAUCUUGCCCUAUUACAUCGGCCUGGGCAUCACAGACAACGACGACGUGUCCGGCGCUUUCGUCACGCUCCGCGUGUUCCGGGUGUUCCGGAUAUUCAAGUUCUCCCGGCACUCGCAGGGACUCCGCAUACUCGGCUACACGCUCAAGUCGUGCGCUUCCGAACUCGGGUUCUUGGUGUUCUCCCUGGCCAUGGCCAUCAUCAUAUUUGCCACCGUUAUGUUUUACGCCGAAAAGAACGUGGACGGCACGAACUUCACGUCCAUCCCGGCCGCCUUCUGGUACACCAUCGUCACAAUGACCACAUUGGGAUAUGGUGACAUGGUACCAGAAACAAUAGCUGGGAAAAUUGUCGGUGGAGUGUGUUCACUAAGCGGAGUGCUUGUUAUUGCACUGCCUGUACCAGUAAUUGUCUCUAAUUUCAGUCGCAUUUACCAUCAAAAUCAACGAGCAGAUAAAAGAAAAGCUCAAAGAAAAGCACGACUAGCUAGGAUAAGGAUAGCAAAGGCCUCUUCGGGUGCCGCAUUUGUAAGCAAAAAAAAAGCGGCUGAAGCCAGGAUGGCGGCUCAAGAAUCUGGGCUAGAGCUUGAUGAAAAUUACAGAGAAGAAGACAUAUUUGAACUGCAGCAUCAUCAUUUGCUUCGAUGUUUGGAAAAAACGACUAGAGUUUGUGGAGCUCGAAGUGCCAUAUAAUGGUCAAUCAAAAAGGCCAUGCUCACCGUCUCCCCUACUGAGCCCUAGCCAUUCGGCAUUAAGCAGGGUGAACUUCUUAAGCUCAUGCUGUACAAGA